AUGGAUGCAGACUCACGAGAAGAUCUCAACAGGGAAAUACGACGGAGUCUUUCUGAAUGGUUCGGACCGUUUGAGGAGUUUCAUGAGCGAGUCGCCAAGAAUCAAGGGACUUCUAGGCAUGGAUUGAUUAGGGCAAAAAUGAGGCCACGGCCACCUCCAAUCGUCACCAUCCAGGCACCCACUCAGGACUCACCAAGUCACGUACCAGUCCACGUGGCACUUCAAUCGAUGAAGAACUUGGUGGAAGAGCCGUUAAGUGCACUCCCGAACAAGUUCGACGACUUGAAUAAAUUCAAAAAUAACGCAGUUGUCAAAGGAAAUGUGACAUCGUCGUUGGGGUCGUCGUCGGUGGCUCCACCGCCCGUGGCUCCAGAAAAUAAUCCGAAGAAAAGGAAGAUUGUGGAGACCGAGCAGGAGACGAGUGCAGUGGUGAUAGAGGCGAAACGGAAAAAAGAAACGAAUUUGAGAAAUUCUAUCCCCGCAUCGACACCGGAUUCUGGAGUACACUCAACAGAGAGCGACCUUCUAGAAGAACCGAAUUCAGAUGAUGUCGUCGCGAUGCUCAAUAUAAUGAAAACUCUCGACAUGCCAAAACUCUCCCCGCUCCCCGAAGAAAUCGUACGAGAAUUCAACCGAGAAAAAUCGGCGGAACGCGAAAAAGAGAAGCCGCUGAAUCUGAAAUCCAAGGAAUUGUUCUUGUACAAACUGGAUAAAGAGACGAAAUUCCUGUCGGAUAGCUCAGUUUCAUCGGCGUCCACGUCACGCGAGCCGACCCCAGAGCCACCAUUGAAGGGAACUCUGAAAUUGAAGCAUCUGAAACCGGAGAGACUUCAGAAGUUGAUGGAUUUGGCGAAGACACGUGGCAAAUUGAUUGAUAUUCCUGUAGUGGUGGAAAAGGCGGCGGUUGUCGUGGAGAAAAUGAGAGAGAAAUCGAUUGAAAAGCCUGUGUGUAAAGAAAGGUCUAGAGAUAGAUCUGUGGAGAAGAUGAGGCCUGAGAAGCCUGUUGCAAGGCCUGGGAGGUCUGAUAGGAGAGAUGAGAGGCCUGAGAGGUCUGAAAGGUCCGAGAGGCCUGAAAAAUCGGACCGGCCUGAAAAGUCCGAAAAGUCUGGAAGGUCUGACAAGUAUGAGAGACCGGAGAGAUCGGAGAGACCGGAGAAGUCUAGCAGGUCUGAUAAGCCUGAUAGAUCUGAAAGGCCCGAAAAGACUGAUAGGAGUGAAAGACCCGAAAAAUCAGAUAGAUAUGGAAGACCUGAGAGGACGGAAAGAGUGGAAAAAGUGGUUGAGAAAGUGGAGAGAACCGAGAGAAUCGAGAAAUCCGACAAAAUGGAGAAAUUCGAGAGAAGCGAGAAAUCUGAAAAGAACGAGAGAAUUGAAAGAAAUGAGCGGUUGGAGAAACCUCGCGAGAAAAAGAUCCCUACCGAGGAGCCGAAACCCUCCACAUCCACGUCUACCGCCACGUUCUCCGUCCUUCCUCCACCACCUCGUCCUCCAUCCAUCACUCCAUACGUCCGUGACGUCACCACCCCGAUUUCCAACACCAGAACACCGACUCCAUCGAUGACGUCGCUUCCACCACCUCCUGGUCACUCACCGUUCACGACGUCUCAGAAGCCGCCGAACAAAACGGUGCAGAGCCUUCAGAAUCAGAGUCAUCAGAGCCAGUUUCCGCCACGGAAUUUCAGUCCUUCCGGGCCGUCGCCACGGUCGAUUCGAUCCACGACGCCUUCUAUUCAAUCGUCACGUCCUUCAUCGUCACUGUCCACACAUGACAACCACGUGGCUUCCACGUCGGAAGUGGUGACAGUGAUAACGCCGUCAAAGCAGCAAAGAUGGGCGUGUCAGUGGGAUCAUACGAAGAUGAAAACGAUGCAACGGCUGCCGAUUCAUGACCCAACAACAACUACAAAAUCGAAAGGAGACUUCUAUCAUAUGCUUGCAAAAGAGUGGAAAUCACAGGCGGAUCGGAGUAAAGACAAAGUGCUCCGCCCACUCAAUUACAUGCUCUCCUCGAUAUACUUUGUGUUGGAAGCGAUUUGGAAGGCGGACAAGGAGCGCUCACAUCAGGCGCGGAUACAAUGCGCAUCGAUAUAUCGGGAUACGUAUGAAUUGUUGGGAGUCGCCGUAUUCCAAAGCAUUCGCGAGACCGACGACACCAUCGCCGCCCAUCUCUUGCCACGUGUCAAAGUUAUCGGACAGAUCAUGCUAUCGGUUAUGCAGUAUCAGAUGUACCUGUUUAGAGCUGAUCAAGCCAUCAAAAAUUACGCUCGCCUCGAAAUGCGUGAAAUCGUCGAAACGAUCGAUAUUCGUUCGGUGUCACGCGCAUCUGAUAACUCGUCGGUACACUCUCAAAAUCAUCUCUCAGUACCGCCUGGGAAUAAUCGAAUGGCAUCCGCCGCUCAUGGUAACACUCCGAAAGCAAUCCCGUCUGCUGGCUCGACGCCGUCCGGUCCGACUGGGGUGCCGAUAUCGCCGUGGAUUGUUACUGUUCAGACGUGCCCGAACGCGGUAACAAUGCCACAAGUCGUGUUCGACGCCUACAAAUCUCAACUCAAAACUUCCAACUGCCUGAUUCUCGCCAGUCGUUAUUGGGAGGACAUGAAGAUUCUCGUCCGCCAGGUGGAUUCCACGUUUAUAAAAGAUAUCGAGACGAUAUGUGGCAAAUCGAUGGGUAUGGACAUGCAGUUCGACCAACUCGCUCAAUUCGUGCUCACCGCUGUCGCAAGUUUGAAGGCGGAGUAUGAGGAGGAGCUGCGGCAGCCGUUGAAACCGGCGCUCGAAAAGGUGAAAAAAGGACUGGAAAUCGCGAUUCGAAUCGGGAAUUUCCAUUCGGACCGCCCACCGAUCAUGCACCGCCCAUCUCAGUCAACACCGCAGCCCGGACAUCCGCCACCACAACGUCCAAGAGUCUAA